AUGGAAUAUGAAUGUAGCAUUGAACGUGAGUCUUUGUUUGCACAAGGUGCUGAGGCAAGAUUAUAUAAAUGCAAAUAUUUUGGCAGAGAUGCUCUAUUAAAAGAGAGAUUCUUUCAAAUAUUAUCUAUUUUUACAAUAGUUGUUUUGCAGAAUGGAAUCGAUGUGCCUGCUGUUUAUUUUGUUUUUGCUAAUGAUCAUAAAUUCAUUAUGGAAUGGAUUCCAGAUGGGAUCACUGUUCGAAAUUAUGUUGAAUCUCUCGAAAAUGUGAAGCGAAUAGGUCAUCAUAUGGGUUCAGUGAUUGGAAAACUUCAUAGUUUAAAUAUUAUUCAUGGUGAUCUUACAACAUCAAAUUUUCUAUUACGUCGUGAUGCCAAUCAUAUUGUUCUGAUUGAUUUCGGCUUGAUAAGCCCGUCAAUAGAAAAGAAAAGCGUUGAUUUGUUUGUGCUUGAAAAGGCAUUAAUAAGUACGCAUAAUAAUACCGAAGCACUUUUUGCUAGUAUAAUCGAUGCAUAUCAAUUAAAUAAUACGAAAGAAGCUAAAAAUAUUUUCGCGAAAUUAGAAGAAGUGCGGCGUCGAGGUCGUAAACGGCAAAUGUUUGGAUAA